UGUAUUUAUGAUUUCUCUCAAAAGUGUUAUGGGAAUUCUCACGAGGAUCAUCUUUCGAAAAAAUUAAAUUUUACACUUUUUAAAGUGACAGUAAUUUAGGAAAUCUAUUUUCAUUAGGGUUGGUGUAAAACUUAAGUAAAAUGCCGUCGGGCCAACCGUUACCGCCCAAGGAAAAUUCAUUAUUCAAAAGAAUUUUAAGAUGCUAUGAACAAAAACAAUACAAAAAUGGGUUGAAAUUUGCGAAACAGAUCCUUUCAAAUCCAAAAUUUUCAGAACAUGGAGAAACUUUGGCCAUGAAAGGUCUGACUUUAAAUUUUCUCGGUCGAAAAGAAGAAGCUUAUGAACAUGUUCGACGUGGCCUUCGAAAUGAUCUUACUUCACAUGUUUGUUGGCAUGUGUAUGGGUUAUUGCAAAGAUCAGAUAAAAAGUAUGAUGAAGCUAUUAAAUGUUAUAGGAAUGCUUUAAAAUGGGAAAAAGACAACAUACAAAUUUUACGAGAUUUAUCACUGUUGCAAAUUCAAAUGAGAGAUUUGGAGGGAUACAGAGAUACAAGAUAUCAACUGUUCAUGUUACGACCAACACAAAGAGCAUCAUGGAUUGGUUAUGCUAUGGCGUAUCAUCUAUUGAAUGAUUACGAUAUGGCUUUAAAAAUUUUGGAAACAUUUAGGAAAACACAAAUGGUGUCUGCACCAUUUGACUUUGAGUAUAGUGAGCUUCUUUUAUAUCAAAAUAUGGUUAUCCAAGAAUCUCAUGGAAUUUUGGAUGCUAUUAAACAUUUAGAUAUGUAUAAAGAAAACAUUUUUGAUAAAUUAACAGUUCUAGAGAUUUAUGGUUCAUUAUACUUGCAAAUGGGAGAAUAUCACUUAGCUACAUUGUGUUAUGAAAAAUUACUUCGAAGGAAUCAAGAAAACACUCCUUACUAUUUAAAAAUAAAGGAAGCUAAACAAUUACAUAACGAUGAAUGUGUUUAUAAUAUGUUAUGUGGUUAUCGAAAAAAGUUUCCCAAAGCUUUAGCUCCUAAACGUUUAUGUUUAACUUUUGCUUCAGGAAAUACAUUCCGAAGUGAAGUUGAUUCAUACUUAAGAGCAGGUUUCCAUAAAGGUGUUCCACCACUAUUUGUAGAUUUACGUUCUUUGUAUAAGAAUAAACAAAAAGUACAAAUAAUUGAAGAUUUAUUAAAAUCCUAUGUAAAUAAUUUAACAAUGUUUAAUUCAUUUGAUAGUGAAGAUGUUUCAGUUAAAGAACCAGCUUCUGCAUUAUUAUGGGUCUAUCACUAUCUAGCUCAACAUUAUGAUUAUCUUGAUGAUAUACAAAAGGCUUUGACUUAUAUUGAUAUGGCAAUAGAACAUACACCAACUUUGAUUGAACUGUUUGUUACAAAAGGAAGAAUACUCAAACAUGCUGGUGAUGUUUAUGAAGCCUAUAAGUGGCUAGAUGAAGCUCAAGGACUGGAUACUGCUGACAGAUAUAUUAAUUCAAAGUGUGCCAAGUACAUGUUGCGUGCAGAUCUCAUUAAAGAAGCUGAAGAAACAUGCUCAAAGUUUACAAGGGAAGGUGUUUCACCUAUGGAAAAUUUGAAUGAGAUGCAAUGUAUGUGGUUCCAAACUGAGUGUGCAUUAGCUUUUCAACGACUGGGAAAAUGGGGUGAAAGUUUGAAAAAAUGUCAUGAAGUUGAUCGGCAUUUUACUGAGAUUAUUGAUGAUCAAUUUGAUUUUCACACUUACUGUAUGCGUAAGAUGACUUUAAGGUCAUAUGUAAAUUUAUUAAGACUAGAAGAUGUGUUACGUUCUCAUCCAUUUUAUUUCCGAGUGGCAAGAUGUGCUAUACAAGUUUACUUACAUUUACAUGAUAAACCUCCAACUGAUGCAUCAUCAAGUAAUGAAUUGGACACUGGAAACAUGGCUCCUGGACAGUUAAAAAAAUUGUUGAAUAAACAAAGAAAAGCACAACGAAAAGCCCAAGAAGAAAAAGCUCAAGCAUUGGCUGCUCAAGAAAAACGAGAUAUGCAUAAAAAUCGACAGCAAGUAACAAAUACUAGUGACGAGGCUGAUGCGUUGCCAUUGGAUGAACUUCUCCCAGAAAAGUUGGAAAGAGUCGAAGAUCCUUUGGAACAGUCAAUCAAGUUCUUAAAACCACUCCAGGAACUUGCAUCAGAUAAUAUAGAAACUCAUUUAAUGGCAUUCGAAAUUUAUUACAGAAAAGAUAAGCUUUUGUUGAUGUUGCAAAGUAUCAUAAGAAGUCAUCGUAUAAAUCCAGAUCAUCCUAUGUUUCACAAUUGUCUGAUUAGAUUCAUGGAAAAGCUAUUAAAAUUUAAAAAUAUCCAAGAGGAAAUGCAGCUGGUACUUAAUAAACAAUUAGAACCAAUAUUGGGUGGAAGAUCAGCUGCUGAAAUUAAUUCUCAGUUCCUUGCCAAACACCACAAAUCAUUACCAGCUUUAUUCCAAGGUUUGAAAAUGAAGUAUAAACUUGAUAAUAGUUCACAACAAGAAGUUCUUGACCAAAUUACAAAACUAGAUGAUUCUCUUGAAGAUGUUAAUAUUCAGACGUGUACUGAAAUUUUAAAUUCAUUAAUUAAUGGUGAAAUUGGUGAAGUUGGCCAUGUAAUCGAAGAAUACCGCAAAACUUGUUUUAAACGAUUCCCACUGGCUACAGCUUUUCAUACAGAUCAAGAUCGUUCCCCAAUGCCAUUGUGGUCUAACUCAUGCAAAACAUUGAAUGAAACACAUGAAAACUGUGUCAGUAACUGAUUGUGACAGUUUGAUUUUAGAUCAAAAAAUGUAUUUCUUAAUUUUGUUGAAAA